GCCGAGGCGCAGGCGGAGGAGGCGGUAGCGCUGCGUGGAGCCCGGCGCGGCUCGCCCGCCCACCGGCACCCGCAGCCAUCUUGAAACCAUGUGGAAAUGGGGUAGUGGAGAUGAUUCUCCUUCCAAAGCAGUAGCUGUGGGCUCACAAGAUGCAAGAAGCAUGUCGGUGACGGAUUUGACUGAACAGCUGGCAAGUACUGAGCAGCUGGUAAUACAGCUAAAGGAGCUUGUUCGAGAGAAGGAUGCUGAGCUUCGAAAUAAAGACCAUCAGUUAAAGGAGGAGAAGGAAUCUGCUGAUGCCAAACUUUCCAAAGUGAAGCUGCAAAACAAAGCCAAGGUUGCAUCGUUAACCUCACAACUGGAAGAACUUAAGAAACAGUUGUCAGCAUCAGGAGGCUCAGAGGAAAAAACAGAACCAAAAAAGGCAUCAAGAGAUGGUGACCAGGAAAAUGCUGCAGCAAACCGUGGGAAAAUAUUGGUGCUGAGAAAGAGAAUUGAAGAACUGGAAUCCCAGAUCACACAAAAAAAUGAAGAGUUACAAAAAAAGGAUGCUGAAUUGGAGGCUCAGCGCUAUCGGGGGACUGAAAUGGAUGCCAUGCUGGCAGAGAAAGAAAAGAAGUUAGCUGAAAGAGAUGCCUAUAUCAUCGAUUUACAGAUAGCAUGUGGAUCAGGUGGUGCUAACAAUGAAGUACUCUUGCCCACCGAAGAGCUGAAGAACGAACUAUCCAUUAAAGAAUCAUCCCUACAAAGCAUGGAGAUUCUUGUUCAGCAACUUAACAAGAAGGUUGGAGACAGUGAAGAAAAAUGCAGCUUGUUCCAGGAAGAGAUUGAGAGUCUUAAAAAUGUGCAGAGCAAUGAAAGAGAACGUUUCCAAAAGAUGGAAGCCACAUAUAUAGAAAAUGUACGUGUGCUUCAAAAUAUAAUUCAUGAAAAGGAAAAAGAGCUGGAAGCACAGGGGAAAAAGCAUGAGCAGGAGCUCUUUAAAUUAGCUGCUAAAUCCGAUGCAAGUGCUGACUUGGAACAGCUAUUGAAGGCCUUGAAACAGAAGCUCCACGAAAAGGAAGAAGUCAUGCUGGGAAGAACACAGGUGAUAGAUGUGCUGCAAAAAGAACUGGAUGCCAAGGACCAGGAAUUGAAAGAGAUUACUGAAAACAUGAAACGUCUGCAGUCUGAAAAAGAAAACCUCCAGUCCAAACUGGAUGCUGAGAGGCAUGUAUUGAGGGCACAGAUAAAAGACAUGAUGGAGAAACACAUGCUUGAAAUGACAAAAGUCAGGGAGAAAUACAAUGCUGAGCUGCAUGAAAUUCAAGAGAAACAUGAAACUGAGCUGCAAGAGAAAGACCAGGCUCUGUUUCAGCUUAAGAAACAAGUGGCAGAAUUAACUGGUAGUGGGCAGACUAACUCAAAAGAUGUUGCAGAUCUGGAAUCUACAUCCAAAGAGAAGAUGGAAGAAUUAGAAGUACAACUGAAAUUGAAGACAGAAGAGGCCAGCAAAUCUGAAGCUAAGUUUCUGAAAAUGAAGGCUUGGUCUAAAUCAAGAAUCAAACAAUUGGAAGAUGAGCUGAAAAAUUUUUCAUCGAAGAAUAAUGAUCUGUCAGCCUUGAACAAUCGUGUGUCAGAAUUAGAAGCUGAAAAAGAAGAACUGGAAUUAAAACUGCAAUCAUUACAAGAAAUCAGAACUCAGAACGAAGAAUUGCUGGCUAAGCUAGAAAUCUAUGAAGAGCAGCAAAGGAAGUUGCAAGCUGAUCUUGACCAAGUUACAAAGAGAGCAGCUUCACAGGCUAGUGAAUCAGGUAGUGUGGAUGAAUUGCAGAAUCAGCUCUUAGAAUGGCAAGAAAAUGCACCAGAAUCAGAGGAGUCGCGUGAUCGAGUCAGAGAAGAGAAAUCUGCUAUGGCCUUGAGAAUGGCUCAGAUUGAGGAGGAGAGAGAAGGACUGAUUGAGGAUGACUGGUUCUUUCCUGGCUGCUCUGAUCCAGCCAUAGUCUCAGGGCAACAGGAGCUGGAGGAGGAACUGACCACAGUUCAAGGAAUGGGCAGGCUGGAUCAGGAGGGAAGAAAAAGUAAUCAGAACAACAGGAAUCUUCAGGAAGAGUACAGCUUUGAUAGAAAACAAUGCUUUCAAGAAGCAUUGAAUGUCACCCUGGAUAGCACUGAUUCAGCUGAAGGAGAAAAUAUGGGAGGUUGGUGGCCAGAAUACACUUCACCUAAUGCAGGCUUACGGAGUGUAGUUGAAGAGUUGGAAUUGGAAAGAAAUCAACUGCAGGAACAAAUUCUGUUUCUAGAAGAACGUUGUCAGGAUUUGGAAGAUAGAUUGCAGCUUCAAGGUAGAAUGGAAACUCUUCAGAAUGAAAAUGAACGUUUUCAAAGUCAGCUCACCCAGUUACGCAAUCAACAGAUUCGAGAUGCCGAAAAGCAUCAAAUUCUGGUCUCUGGAUUGAAUGAGCAGCUGAAAGGGUUGAGCGACCGAAAUAGUUUCCUUGAAACUUCACUUGGAGAAAAAGAAGAAAAACUGCUAAGCUUAACAGAAAAACUAGAACAAAUUGAAACUUUGAGAAAACUGCUUCAAGAAAGGGAUCUGUUGAACAAAGAGCUGGGAGAGAAGUUUGUGCAUAGUGAACAAAACCUGAAAGAAGCCUUAAAGAAAUGCAGUGUGUAUGAAGUGGAGAACGCUGAGCAGAAAAAAGUCAUCAGUGAUCUAACGGAAAAAGUUGCUACACUGAAGGAAAAGACUUUGAAACAAGAUGAUAUGGUGGAAUCAAUGCAGCUGGAUCUUGACCAGGCAAAUGAGGAACUUGACAAAUUGAAUACGAGCCAUUUAGAGGAACGAUCUCAACUUAUUCAAGAUCUCCAGAAACGUGAAAGAGAAAUUGAUCAUCUUAAAGAAGCACUGGCAGAAAAAGAGAGGGAGUUAUCUGCCUUGUCUUUGAAUAUGACGGAAUAUUCAGAACAAGUUAUCAUUCUGAAGCAUCAAGUGCAAUGCAAAAAUGAAGAAAUACGGGGGAUAGAAGAGGCUUUAUCGAAGGCUGAAAGGGAGGCUGAUUUACUGAAAGAAGUACAAACAGCUGAUGUAAGAGAUACAAGUGUGAAAAUAUCUGUCCUUUCUGAGAAGAGUAAUACAAUGAGACUAGAACUGGAAAGAAUUAGAGUUGAAAAUGAAGCUAAAACUAAAGAAAAUGAGGAACUGAUAAGACAAAUCAGUGAGUACAGCAUUACAGUUAAGGAUCUCCGUUCUGAAAUCAAGGCCAAUCAUGUCGCAUACCGUAACAAUCUUAUGGAGUGUGAGUCACAAAUUACUUUGCUGAAAGAACAAAUUAGCAAAUCAUCUGAAAAGCUACAAGAAACUGAGAAUAAACAAAGAAAAGAAGCUGAAUAUUUGAAAUCUCAGAUUGAGGAAAAUAACACUCUGAAAGAAAAAUGGAACAGUUUGCUUAAAGAGAAAGAGAAUAAAGAACAGACUCUUGAAAAUGAGUUAAAAUCUAUUAAAGAUUCAUACAACAAACUAGUUUUGGAAGAUGCUAAAAAAGAUGAAGAGUUGGCUCAGUUAUCUAGGAAGCUCACAGAACAUACUGAACACCAGGAAACAAUUAAAAAAGAAUUACAGGAGAAACAAGAGAUCAUUGUUUCAUUAGAUAAGAAGCUUGAGUUUUUGGAGCAACAAAAUGAAGAGACCAAACUUAAAUUAACUGAAGAUCUUAAAGCCAAAGAGACAUGUUGUGAAGAGCUUAGUAACCAAUUAAGUGAAAUACAGAAACAAAUUAACAAGAUGGAAAUAGAGACACAGGAGAAAGCAUCAGCUAAUAAGCGGUUGCAGGCAGAUCUUGAGGGGAAAGAAACAAAAUUGGCAGAGCAAGUGAAAGCAAAUGAACAUCUGAAAAAAAGUAUAGGUAAAGUGAAAAAAGAGAAGCAACAGUUAGUCAGUGAAAAUGAGAAUUUGUCCAAACUUCUGGAUGUGAAGGAAUGUGAAUUAUUAAAGAAAAUCCAGGCUGUAGCAGAAAUGGAAAGCAAGUUAUCUGUUAGCGAUGCUGAAUACCAAAAAACUCUUUCAGUACUAAACAGUGAAAAAGCCACUCUAGCAAAAGAGAUUGAACAACUCUCAAUAGCUGCAAAGCAAAAAGAAAAUUCAGUUGCAGAACAGCUGCAGAAGAAAACAAAGGAAUGCAAUGUGUUAGCUGGUCAGUUGUCUGAAAGCAAGGAACAAGCACAACAGUUGAGUGAACAAAUGCAAUCAGUUCUCAUUCAACUGAAGGAUGCUACAGACAAAGAAACAAAGAAAGAAGAAAUGUUAAAUAGUAAGUUAUCUGAAUGUAGUACCCUAAUACAAGAGCUCAGCCAGAGUAAGGAAAAUAAUUUACUGCUGCAAGAGCAAGUUCAAAGAUUAGCUUUGGAUUUUGAAGCUAAGAGCAAGAGUCUAGAAGAAAAAAUCUUUCAAUGUGAUUCACUGCAUAAGGAAAUUGAAGACAGUAAAUCUUAUAUUGUAGAGUUGCAGGAAGAAAUCAAAAAUCUUAAAGAGGAUAAAACAAAGUUAUCUCAGUGGGUAGGAGAAAGAGACCUGACUCUAAAAAGUCAGGGUUCAGAACUUGAAAAGUUUCGUAAGCAGGUUUCUGACAAAAUUGAAGAAAGUUCAGUGUUAAAUAAUCAGCUACAGCAAGUAAGCAAAGAAGUGACUGAGCUUAAGCAUAAAAAGGAGGACCUUUCAAACCUAUUGAGCAAGAAGUCACAUGAAUAUGAAAUUCUUCAGUCACAGUUGGUACAGCAACAAUCUGAUACUACUUCUGCAAGGCAACUAGCACACACAGCAGCUCUAGAAAAUGAAAAAUUGAAAGUAGAAAUUGAAAACCUUAAUGGAAUGAUAAUGAAAAAAUCAGAAGAAAUAGCUACUUUAACUUCACACUUGUCCCAACAGAGUCAUAGUAUUUUAGCUCUGAAGGACCAAAUUGAUGGCCUCGUGGUUGAAAAAGAAAACCUAAAAACUCUCGUGGAAAGGAAAGAGAUUCUUAUUUCUGAGAAGGAUGUUUUGCUACAACAAAUGAAGGAUAGUAAAAUGGCAGGAGAAGGGCAAUAUUUGCAAGUCAUUUCAGAUCUGCAAAACCAAAUACAAACCCUAGGUUUUGAAGCCAGCCAGCUUAAACAGACAAUGCAGGAAAAAGAAAAUGAAUGUAAGAAGCAAGCUCAAGAAUUAAAGUUACUAAAAGAUAAAUCUGAAGAGUCUGAUAUACUUAGGGUUCAACUGUCUGAGAAUAUGGAGGUUAUUUCUGACCUUCAGUAUCAACUUAGAAAUUUGACAGAAAAAGCAGCAGAGUUGAAUGAUUCAAUUGCACAGAAGGAUGAAUGUUUAAAACAAAAGAUAGAUGAAUACGUUAGUUUAAAAGCAUGCCUUUCUGAUGUACAGGAAUCAUCCAUUUUGCAGCAGAAACAGUUAGAACUUUUAACUUCAGAAGCAGAACAAUUAAAAGUACUUGUUUCAGAGAAAGAUUUAACUGUAAAUAAUAUUUCAUUAUUCAGUGAGAACUUAAAGAUGCAACUUCAAGAAAAGGAGAAUGAAUGUGUUGUCUUAAGGAAACAGUUAGUGGAGCUGGAGGAAGUAAAAGUGAAUUUACAAAAAGAAGUACAACAUCAGAAGAACGUAAUAAUAGAAAAGGAUCAGUCCUUAUCAGAAAAUGAAUCCUCUCUUACAGAAAAUAAAACUCUUCUCAAUGCUCUGAAGGAGAAAGCACAGGAAGAUGAAGAGAAGAUAAAUUUAAUCUCUCAGCUCCAAAGUCAAGUACAUGUACUAACACAAGAACUACAAAAAUCUAAGGAACUAAUCCAGGAGAAAGAAGAUGCCUUUUUGUCUCUUCAGGAAAAAAUUGAAGCACAGUAUGAACUAAGAACAGAGUUUAAUGCAGCUCUUAAUAAAAAAGAAGAAGUUAUUGCCGAACUGCAUAAUUCUGUGAAGGAGAAGGAUUCCAGUCUACAGUUGGCAAAUAAGAACAUAAGUGGUCUCUCUAAUGAGAUUGAGAUUCUCAAAGAAGAAUUAGAAAAAAGCGGUGCAGCUAUGAAAAACCUUACUAAGGAAUUUCAGGAGAAAAAUGAAAGCUUUAAUAUUAAUCAGAAGAAAGUCGAUUCUUUGACAGUUGAGCUUCAGACUGUGAAAAGUGAAUACUGUAAAGCACUAAACCAAAUAAGUACAUGUAAACAAGAAUUACAGCAAAAAGAAUUGGCUGUAGAGUCUCUGCGUUUGACUUGCACUGAACAGGCAGAUAAUAUAGCAUGUCUAAAGUUGGAGUUGAAUAAUGUAAAUUCUAAAUCAUCUCAAGACAGCCACGAAAGUGCACUUUUAAUAGGUAGUCUGCAACACCAAGUAGAGGCUUUAGUGAAUGAAAAAAAUAUGCUACAAGAAGAUGCUGCUAAACUUAUGGCUGAAAACACACAACUUGUUGCAUCUCAAAAUCAUUUGGAAAAGAAAUUGGAAGAGCUCCAAGAAAUGAAUGGAAAACUAGAAGCCAGUGAGAAUUACUCAAGAAUGCAGAUAGAUGCUGUCCAACUGCAGAUGAAGACUGAAAAAGAGAAGUUACAGAUGCAGGUUAGUGCGAAGGGUGAAGAACUUUCUAAAUUAGAACUUAAAUUUGAAAAUCUAGAGCAAAGUCUGCUUGAGUCAGAAAACAAAUGGGUGACAGAACUUGAUAGGGCAACUUUAGAAAUUAAAAAUCUUACUGAACAAUUGGACUGUUUAGAAAGUGAAAUGAAAUCCAAGGAUAGCAAAAUCCAGUCUUUACAGGAGGAACUGGAUCUUACCAAAGAGGAAAUAACUCAAAGCUUAUCUCAUUUACUUAAUAGUAGGCUUUUAUGUAAAGAAAAGAAUGCAAAGACUUCAGAUUCCCAACUACAGCUAACUGAUGGUAAAAUACAAUUGGAAAAAUUCUCCACUCUGAUAUCUACUAUUUUAAGCAAAGAAGUAGAAAGAGAACAAUUGCAGCUGGUUCUUUUAGAAAAACAGAAAGAAAUAGAUGUCAUAAAAGAUGAAUUAAAAAAUACGCAGUCACUUGAGAAAGAGAAGGAGUUGCUACAGAAUGAUAUUGAUAAAAUGAAGGGUACCUAUGAAUCUGAAAUUGAAUGCCUAUCACAAGAAAUGAUUGCUGUCAAGGAAACUUUAUGUAAACAAGAAUCUCUUUUGCAAGAAAAGAAUAGGCAGAUUGAAUUUCUUCAGGACAAGAUAAAUAAAUCAGAAGAAGUAGUAAGGACCAGUCAAGAAAAACUGCAUGUUGAUGGCAAAAAAGUAGCAAGUCUCCUUGAAGAUAUGGGAAGAAAAGAUCAACUCAUAGAAGACUUAACUUCACAAGUAAAUCAGCAAAAGGAUUUAAUUUCUGGUCUAAGCCAGCAAAUGAAAGAAAAGGACUGUUCUGUUACCCAGAUCAUGGAAUCAUUGUCUAGUGAAAUGCUGAAUUUUUCUGAAGAGAGGAAUGCAUUAAACAGCAAACUGCAGGCUCUUGAGUCUGCUCAUAAUCAUUCCAUAGGAGAACUAAAUCGAGUGUUGCAGGAACUUGAGGACUGUAAGAAAGAGCUGGAAUGUAGUCAGGUUGUAUUAAGCAACAGAGAAGCUGUUUUUAAAGAUUUAAUGAAAGAAAAGGAGGAGAUGUAUCUUAAUCUUGAGAAACUUGGCAAGGAAAAAGAGAAUCUGAAGAAGAAACUUCAAGCAGCAUUGAUAAUAAGAAGAGAUCUAAUGCAAAAAAUCGCAAAACUAGAGAAGAGUGGGCAGGAAGAAAUAGAGAAAGAGAAAGGAAAAAGAGAGGGGUUGUUGAAGAAAGUUGAGGAGUUAACGGACAAGCUGAAACUAGCUGAAGAUCAAAAUAUAGAUUUUGAGACCUAUCUUGGAACUCUGAAGCAACAGCUUAGAGAAAAAGAUGUCAAAAUAAGUGACUUGAAUGAUAUCUUGUUGGCAAAGGCCACUUAUAUAGAGGAACUUCAGGCCAAUAUUGCAAAACUAAAUGAUGUCAUUGCUGAAAAACAAAUUAUCUGUGAGCAGAACCUAAAAUCUUUAGAGGAAAAGGAUAACAUGCUUGCUCAUAUGCAAACUAUGCUUGAUGAAAAAGUAAGAGCAUAUGAAGAGAAACAUUCACAGCUCUUAAUAGCUCUUGAAAUGAUGAACUCUGAAGUUAAGGAGGAAGAAUUGUUGAAAAAUUCCAGUUCUGAAAAGCUCAGUGCCAGGGACAAGAGAAAGUGUUUGGACUCUAACAAUGAAACUAAUGUAAUUCAGUUAGAAAAAGAAGACUUGCAGAGAGAUCUUUUGGUCAGGGAAGAAGAUGUAAGAAAAUUUCAGAAAGAGGGGACAGAGCACACUAAACUUACAGCAGAUUUUGAUGAACAAACACACUUGAAGAAUGUCAAACUAGAGCAUAAAGCUCUCUGGGAAGAUCUUGGGAAAGAGCUUGUCUCUCCUAAGACAGGGGAAGAAGAAAGUGACCUAAAGAAUUUGGAAUCCAACAAAUCAAGAAACAAGGUUCAGGCUGCAUCCUUUAAAGAGUCAGAAAACCUAAUCACUUCAGUGACAAGUAAAGAUACUGAAUUAGAAGAACUAAGAGACAAUUAUGUAAAGCUUCAGGAGGAAACAGAAAUGUUGAAGGAAGAGCUGAGAAAAAUAUUAGUUGAAUUUGGUGGUGGUGGAAUAAAAGCAGUUGACUCCAUGAUAGAACAGGAGCAGUACCAGGAACAAUGUAAAGAUAGCGUUUUGGAGGAUAUAAAGCAGAUGCAGACAAAGCUGAAAACAUUCUUGACUGAAACUGCAGACAUGAAGAUGAUGCUGGAAUGUGUAAAUAAUGAGAAAGAAACACUUGUUAAAAAAAAUGAGGAGGAUUACAGGAUGAGCCAGGAGAAGCUGCAGAAACUGAGAAAGGAAGCUAAUAAGGAAAUAGCAGAAAAGAAUGAGGAAAUAGAAGCUUUGCAUUCUUCACUUAAAGAUUUUAAGGAGAAACUUGAUCUUGAAAAGGAAUUGUUAAAAGAAGCUCUAAAGGACGGCCAAGAAGAAAUCCACCGUUACAAAGCAGAACUUGAAGAAAUAAAGAAUGAAAAAGAGGAGCUUGUUCAUCAUUUAGAGGAGUCCAAUUUGAAACUAAUCAAUAAGAAAAGGGAGUUAAAGCAUGUCAAUGAAGAAAACAAAAAGCUUCUGACAGAACUUUGUUUGCUACGUGAGAAGGCUGAGAUAAGUACUCCUGUAGUGUCAUGCAAAGAGUUUAAAGAAGAAAAUGAUACUGAAAAAGAACUGGUAGAGUUUUGUUCAGAAGGUGGUUCUCUUCAAGGAAAAUUACAAAGUAAAGGCACCUCUUUUCAACUAUCUAAGACUGGUUACUCUGGGAAAACUACUCUGAAAGAAGCAGCGGACUAUAAAACCCAGAAAGAAAUGGAAAUUGUUCAGGAGCCACUUUCAAAAACUGUUAACGUAGGUGAUUCUAAACCACAAGGACAAAGGACUAUAGCGGAAGAGAAGUCCAAAGACCACCUUCAAAGAAAAUUACAAGCAGCUUUAAUAUCACGUAAAGAAGCUCUGAGAGAAAAUAAAUAUCUAAAAGACCAGAUUGAUAAGCUAUUACUGGAAAGAGAGGAACUGGUGAACAAGACAAGCACGCUUGAACGCUUGUUGUUAGAGCUUGGUAGAGAAAAGCAAAGUUCAAAUACUGUUUCUGUAUUGUCUGAAGAGGAGAGCCUUGUUUCUGAAAAUGCUAGACUGUUGGCUGAAAAUGAAAACCUCACUGCUGCAUGUGAAAGUCUUAAAUCUACGAUGGAGACAAUAGUUCAGGAAAAAGAGGCCUUUUCUUUCCAGCUAAAUACCUUAAAAGAUUCUCAGACAGUUGAAUUAACAGGUUGGAAGGCUAAACACAGUGAAUUAAAGCAAGAGUAUGAAUCCCUCCUUCAGGCUUAUGAGAAUAUCAGUAGUAAAAUAGCAGAUAUGAGGCAAGUUAUUGAUGUCACUAGAAAAGAGAAACAAGAGGCUAUUCAGAGACUCAGGGAAGGGGAAUCAGAGAAGGAGGCUCUUGAGAAACAGUUUCAGAAACUCACUGAUGAAAAUGAAGUGAUUAAGGAUCAGCUGAAAAAACUUAGUGAAUCCAAGAAAUUGGAAGUUGAUGAAUUACAGACUAAAGCAAAAAGGCAGAUAUGUGAACAAGAGGCAAGAAUGGAAGAACACCAGACUCGUCUUCAUGAACUCACUCAACAGAAUAGUCAGCUAAAGGAGGAAAAUGAACAGCUGAAACAAACUUCUGAAAAUUUAAAGCAGGCUUUAGAGAAAAUUCAGGAUGAAAAUGACAUCCUUCAUAAUAACAUCACUGUAACUAAAGCAGCUCUGGGAGAGCUCCAAGUUCAAAUGGAAGUGUACCAAAAUGAUAUGCAAUCUAAAAUCAGAGAUGCGUUAUAUGAGAAUGAAUCAUUGUUAAAAGACAUUAAUGUGCUAAGAGAUAAACUCUCUGAAAAGGAACAAGAAAGAAAAUUAAUUUCAGAAAAAGUGAAAGAAACUGAAAAGUCUUUGGACCAUAAAAAUCAUUGUAUUACAAAGCUGAACAUGGAGUGUAAAAAUCUUACACGAGAAAUUGUUAGUCUAAAUGAAAAAGUUAAGAUUUUAGAAGAUGAUAAAUGUCUCUUACAAGAGGAAUUAGAAAAUGCACAAGAAAGUUCUUACAAAGUAAAGAAUGAGAGGGAAUUCCUUGAGACAGAAUUGCUUAAUCAUAUUAAAGAGGUUGAUCAUCUUACUGAUACAAUGAAAUCAGCACAAGUGCAGAAUAAUGUACUUUUACAGCAACUGGAAGAAUUAAAGGCAGAGAAGUGUAAUGUGAUUAGAGAAAAAGAAGAACAGCAGCUACAACUAGUAAAACUGUUUGAGGAGAAGGUAAAAUGUGCACAGAGAGAUAAUAGUGGAAAUAAAAACAGAACAAAAGAAUUACAAGAACUCUUAAAGGAGAAACAGCAGGAGAUCAACCAUUUGCAAAAGGAUUCUAUAAAAUUCCAGGAGCUGAUCCUGGAUUUGGAAAGGUCUGUGAAAUUGUCACAGUCAAAAAACGAAAAAUUUGAAAAAGAUUUAAGUAAUAUGUCAGAAAAGCUUACCAAAUCGAAUGAAGAAAUAUCCCAUCUCAAUGAAAAGCUGUCUUCACAGGUAAACUUGUUGGAUCAGUCAAAGAAAGAAGUAGACAGGCUUACAGCUGAGAAUCUUAAUUGGAGAAAUGAACUUAAGAGGAAAGAAGAUGAACUGGAAAUUCAGAAGAGAGAAUAUAUGACAGAACUGGAGCUAAAUUUUAAACAAUUAACAUUGGUUCACAAAGGAGAAUUUUUGAACUUAGAGGAAAGACACAGUGCCCUUCAGAGAGAAAAAGAUAGGGCAAUUAGUGAGAUUCAAGGAUUGCAAGAAGAGAUUAGCUUUAAGGACUCUGAAAACAAGAAGCUUCAGGCAGAUUUGAAUGCAGCUUUGGCACGCUUAGCUGCUUUUGCAAAAUGUAUGUCCUCUCUUCAAAAUGACCGGGACAGGGUAAUCACUGAAAUGAAAACCUGGGAAACACAGUUCAAAGAGGCUAUCCAGAGUAAAGAGAUACAAAUAGAAAACAGUAAUAAAAGAAUAAUGUCCCUGCAAGAUGAAUUGAAAGACAAAAUGACUCAGAUUCAGGAACUGAGUAUCAAAUAUUCUGUGGGACAGGAAACAAAGGAUGAACUGUAUUUAAGGCAAAAAUCUGCUAAUAUACCAUGGCAUGAAGAGCUCCGCAAAAUAAAGGAAGAAAAUGUACUUUUUUUUAAUAGGCAGCAAGAGUUGGAGAAUGCUCUGCAGUCAAAAGAAGAAGCUUUGCAAGCACUCCUGAAGGAAAAUAACUCUCUGAAUCAUCUUAUAGAGAAUAGUAAAAGUUCUGGAAGUGAGAUAAAAGUUCUGGAAAGUAAUUUUACAAGACAAGAACAAGAACUGCAAAACCUUCUUGCUGAAAAGGAAAAAAUUAAUGCUGAGUUGGAGAAGCAAAUUACCAUUUCUGAGCAAAUGAAAAUCAUGCUGAAUAAUAAGGAUAAAGAAAUUUCCUUACUCAUUUCUUCAAAAAGUGAUGGAAUUUCUGACUAUCUGAUUCAGGUACAGACUCAACAUAGAGAACAAAUCAAAGAAUAUGAGCGUCAGUUCCAUUCACUACAGAGAGAGAAAGAACAGUCUGAGGAGUCCUGUCAAAAGAUGGAAAAUGAACUGAGAAAUCUCCAGAUGAAAGCAGAUAAGGCAGGUCAAGAUAAGGCUGCAAUUGCCAGUGAACUAGAUGCUUUUAAAAAGUCAAUGUCAUCUCUUCAGAAUGAUCGUGAUGACCUUUUUUCAAAAUACAAAGAACUGGAGCAUCUUCACCAAAAUGUCAUUAGUCAACGAGACAAUCUUAUAGUUGGCAAUGCGAGUGAGAAUAAUGCUUUGAAACAAGAAUUAAGGGUACUACUUAAUCGGAUAGAUGAUCUUCAUUCUGAAAAUGCAAUGCUAAAUGCCCAGCUAAUAAAGUAUAGGGAAGAUCUUAACCAAGUUUUAUCUCUGAAAGAUCAUCAAUUAAAAGACUUACUUAAGCAAAAAUUAGAUUUCAUUAAAGGCCUUGAACAGGAAAAAUAUGAUCUUCAGAAACAAAUAAAAGAGGUGCAACUGUCCAGUCAACUGCAAAUGGAUACUGUUGUAUCUUUGGAACAUGAAAAUAAAAAAUUAGUAUCUAAAGUAAACGAUUUAGAAUCUUUAAUUGCAUCAUUAAACAAAGAGAAACUUGUUUCUGAGUCUGGAGAGAAACUGUUAACUUGUGGUAGCAUUCAGAAAAAAAAAAGUGCAUCCAAUGGACUGUAUGGAGAAAAACUUCAGAAGACUGACAGUGUCCAGAAAUCACUAGGCAGAAAUACUAAGGAUGCAGAUGGGGAACACAGUAAGACAUUUCAGAAACUUGAGCAUGGAUAUGAACCCGAUGCUUUUACAGAGAUGAUAGUAGAAGUUCAGUCUCAGAAUAGAGAGCUGAGAUCCCAGAAUGAGGCCUUUGGCAAAGCAAUGACUGCUCUACAAAAUGAUAGAGAUAGGAUAAUAGAGGACUUAAGUAUACUUCAGAGCAAAUACACAUCAGAACUCAAGUCUGAGAAAAAGAAAGGAGUUGAACUUGAAGCUGAAUUUGGUAGCUUUAAAUCCCGUCUUGUCAGUAUACUCAAGGAAAGUGGUCUUCUGAAAAAGGUACUUUUUGAUCCUGCAAAUAUUGUUACAGUUGAUCAGAUUGCUGAUGAAAUUGAAAAUCUCUGUAGGACAUUUGUCACCCGUGAGCUGGAGAUUAGCAGGCUCUCAUCUGAAUGUGGGAAUUAUGUUCAGCAGAUUGAAGCAUUUUCCAAGGCUAUGGCCAGUCUUCAGGAUGACCGAGACAAAUUGCUGCAGGAACUCAGCAAGCAGAAGGCUAAAGAAGGAGCCAGCCUUGCAACUGUUGAAAUAUCAAAACUGAAGGCCAAGGUUGAUGAUUUGGAGAAGGCAUUACAUCAGACAAAAGCCUUCCAAGCAGAAACUGAGAGAGAAAUUGCAUCAUACCGGAAUGAAAUUGCUGGAUUGAGGAUGGAAAAGAACCUCCUCCUCUCAGAGUCCCAAGCACUGCGAAAUCAAUAUCAAAUGACAAUUGCUGAGAAAGACCAUCAGAUUGCAGAACUGCAGAAGCUGCAAGAAGACAUAAUUGUUAAAAAAUCAAUCUCCACUGGCAACAUUUACCCAGUCAAGGCUUUAGAAACUGCCUCUCUUGCUGGAGGUGCAGACACCCCUGAGGAAGUCAAACAUGUUUUGGCUGAAAGGAAUCAGCUUCAGAAUGAGCUACAGCGCUGUCUUCAGGAGAUGCACCAGAAGGAUCUGCAUCUACAUCAGGUUAAUUCAAAGAAUCUGCAGUCAGCAGAAGAGAAUGCUGUGUUGUCUGCCCAGCUGAAAACUCUAUCUCAGACUCUAAGGGAUAACCAGCUUCGUUACACUGAUUUGCAGAAUCGUUAUUUAAGACUGGAGAGGGAAUAUCAAACAAUGCAGGUGACAUCCUUCCAGGGCACCGUUCAGGAUGAAACUAGAGCAGAAGUUCCCCCUGGAGCACCACAGGAAAGAUCUGCAGUUAUUGUUGAAAUAGACAAUAUGGAGCUAAAUGAACUCAGAAAAAGGCUUGCAGACACUGAGCAACAAUAUGAUUCAGUACAGCAGGCUCUCUCACAACUGACACAAACACUGGCAGAAGAAAAGAGAAGGAGAGAAGCUGCAGAAGAAGCUCUUGGACUCUCUGAAGAGCUAAGUAACAGAUUUGAAGUCAGUAGUUACAGGCCUGUACCUAGCGAAUACACUGUUCGGAUGGAAACCGAGGGGGAAAGGGAAGCCUUAAUCAUCAAUCCUAGUGAACAUAUUACUGUAAGAAAGGUGAAAAGAGGAGCCCUCUCCUUCAGAAGAUGGCUUCGAGGACGAAGUCUUACCUGUUCUAAGCUGCUGACCUCCAGAGCAAAAUCCCGCUAUUUAUUCCUUACAUACCUGGUUACACUACAUCUUAUUGUUUUAUUGUGCCUCACUGGUGUUCUCUGAAUACACUGCAUUUUCUGAGUAAAUUAUUUUCUUAUAGGUAAUGGUGUGCCAAUUCAAGUUAAUAGAUUUUUCACAUGCUGCUGUUAAGCUAUGCACUGGACACAGUUGUAUAUAUUCUUGUUACACUAUAUGAAUCUUGAGCUUCUUGUAAGAAAUUUGUGUAUAUCACAGUUGUCCCAAAGUUGACUUGAAUUGCUCUUUAUCAGUGGGGUAUUAUAUUUGCUAAGGAGAAAAUAUUGCCCUCGUUUGCCCUAUAAAGAAACUGCUGCAUACUAGUUAUUUAAUAUUGCUUGUGAGUACAUAAUGAAUGAUUACUACUGAAUGGGUUGUAAAUGAUAUCUUUUCUAAAUAAAUUUUAUUUUAAGAGUUGAACUAUACAUUUUAAAGGAAUAUUCAGCUAUUACUGUUUAUUGGCUUCUUGGUUACAACAGGAAGUUCUACAGGAGUGCAAUAAAGAAAGAAGAACUGGA